AUGUGUGACAUGGGGGGACUGGAUAACCUGAUUGCCAACACAGCAUACCUGCAGGCCAGGAAAAGUGGAGAUGUGGAUGCCAAGGAGAUGCAGAAAAGGCGUAAGACCCUUGCAUUGCCCAAGCCUGAGGAAUGCACCGAAGUCAAGAAAUCCAUUGUGCUGGAGUAUGAGAGCAUUUGUGAGCAACAACCAAUUGGCAAGCGUUUUUUCCAGGAAUUCCUAGAGACUGUUCCAGAAUACUUGGUGGCCAAGGAAUUCUUGAAUGAAGUGUAUGCUUGGGAAUUGGCAGAAGACCACAUCAAGAGCAGCCUCCUAGAGGGCAUAGUCAAUAUGUACCUGAAGAAUGGCAGCAAUAGCUACCUGAAAUUUCUCAGUGCAGACCAAUCCAAUAAGUGCCAGUCAGCUGCCAAGGAUGAAUUUGAGAAGGUUGCAGGAUUGGCCAGGGAAGAGACAAUAGCCUACCUUAAAGAAAAACCAUUUACAGACUUCCAGGCCAGUCCAUUCUUUGACAAGUUUGUGCAAUGGAAAUGCUAUGAGCGGCAACCUAUAACCGAGAAACUAUUUGAUGAGUUCCGAGUGUUAGGAAAAGGAGGCUUUGGAGAGGUUUGUGCCAUCCAGGUAAGAAAUACUGGGAAGAUGUAUGCCUGUAAGAAGUUGGACAAAAAAAGACUGAAGAAAAAAGGUGGUGAAAAGAUGGCCCUGCUGGAAAAGGAAAUUCUUGAGAAAGUCAACAGCCGUUUCAUUGUGACUUUGGCCUAUGCUUAUCAGAGCAAAACCGCCCUGUGUCUUGUCAUGAGCCUCAUGAAUGGUGGGGAUCUUAAAUAUCACAUUUAUAAUGUCGGUGAAAGAGGCUUGGAAAUGGAUAGGGCCAUCUUCUACUCAGCUCAGAUCACCUGUGGGAUGCUGCACCUUCAUUCCAUCAAAAUUGUGUACAGGGACAUGAAGCCAGAAAAUGUUCUCCUGGAUGAUAAUGGCCAUUGCCGACUGUCUGAUCUUGGCUUGGCGGUGGAAGUGAAGGAGGGUAAAGAAAUCACCCAGAGGGCUGGAACAAAUGGAUACAUGGCUCCUGAAAUCUUAAAGGAAGAGAGCUAUUCCUACCCUGUGGACUGGUUUGCUAUGGGAUGCAGUAUUUAUGAAAUGGUGGCUGGUCGAACUCCAUUCAAGGAUUUCAAGGAGAAGGUCAAUAAAGAUGAAGUGAGAAAGAGAACCUUAGAAGAUGAGGUGAAGUUUGAGCAUCCUAAUUUUGAUGAGCCAUCGAAAGAUAUCUGUAAUCUGUUCUUGGCAAAGAAACCAGAAAAUCGUUUGGGAAGCAGGAGUAAUGACGACGAUCCCAGGAAACAUCCUUUCUUCAAGUCAAUCAACUUCCAUCGGCUGGAGGCAGGCCUUAUAGAUCCUCCCUUUGUGCCAGAUCCAUCUGUUGUCUAUGCCAAAGAUGUUGCAGACAUUGCUGAUUUCUCUGAAGUUCGUGGAAUUGAAUUUGAUGAUAAAGACAAGAAAUUCUUCAAGAAAUUUGCAACUGGUGCUAUCCCAAUACCCUGGCAGGAAGAAGUUAUUGAAACAGGACUCUUUGAAGAUUUGAAUAAUCCCAACAGACUAGUUGGAGAUGAUUCCAAAUCUGGAGUUUGUUUGUUGUUAUAA